GAAAUAUUCUCACGAUUGAUAGCUGGCCAUGAUCAUCAUACACAUAUCUCAAAUGUAUAAAUAACCCCAAAACCUAGCUUCAAUUUCACAGCAUUAGAGAAAAAACAAAUUGAUCUCUAACUAGAGAAAAAAUGGCUCCGCCGCCGUCCUACGCCGUGUCUCCGCUCGUGUCGCUCAUCGUGAGGAUUUUAACCUUCAUAUGCCUCUUGAUAUCGCUCAUCCUCCUCGCCACCGCCACCGGCACGGCUUCGACCACCUACGGGGACGUCGAAGUCAGAUUCAAAGAUUUCAUAUCAUACCGAUAUCUAUGUGCCGCAGUGGUGAUGGGAUUAGUGUACACAGCCGUGCAAAUGGGCUUCACUGUAUACCAAAUGACAACUGGAAAUCGAUUUGGAGGAGAUGGUCUUGUUUAUAUUGAUUUCUAUGGUGACAAGGCGGCAUCGUACAUUCUUGCCACGGGCGGGGCGGCGAGCAUCGGAAUGGCCGUGGACUUGAAGGACUUAGGAGAGGUGUUGGGCAUCGGCAAUUUUAUGAGCGUCGCCAACGCCGCCGCCAGCCUUUGCUUGCUCGCAUUCCUUUGCUCCGCCGUGUCGUCAGUUUUUUCGUCGCUUGCUCUUCCCAAAAGAGUCUAAUUUUUUAGUGUUUUUUUCUAUUUAAUAUUGAUUGCAUUUUGUUAAGUUUAAUUUGGUUGGUAUGUGUUGGAGCUUUGCUUAAUUCAUUCUUAUUGUAUGGUUAAUUUCUUGUAAGUAUUGUACGAUUAAGCUCGAUUGUGUUUAUCUAGUUUUAUUUUUUCUUCUUCCUUUUAAUGAUAGUGCAUGGUCCUUUUCUUUUU